CUUUGUUGAAUAAUUAAAUAUAUUAGAGUAAAUUAGCUGCUGAUGGGGCUAGCACUGUUUUAUCAGUGAGUUUGAUCGAUCAGCCAUAAAUGCUGGAGAGACGUCAAACGUAGUCCACAAAAAUGAUAAUUUUUCUGGUGUUGACGAUUCUUCCCGGAAGCUGGUGUUUGGUUGGUCUGAUCGGUUUACGUCGUACUUCCGGAGUACAUCACAUCCCACCUCCCCAAACAGAACAUCUAGGCAAAGUCGUACAAUCAACACCAGUGAUUCUUACGCGAUCGGAAACAAAAAGGCCACGGGAUCAUAGGACCUUGCUUCACAGUUUUAGGUGUGAGAUGCACGUUUUAAAAUCCAUGAUAAGAGACCACAGUCUUAGUUUGUCCGAAGCUAGAAAUUUGAUAUUAUUGUGCUCACCGGAUUCCAGUGAAGAGAACUUUUCAAAAGAAUGCAGUCAGUCAGUCCGGAAGUGUACUACCAUGACAGCGAGAGACCUCGUCUUGGAAUCCGGAUGUUCCCCGAUUGACCGGAUGUUGUAUUGUCUCGAUAAAACAGAAGUUUCCGAUUGUUUUAAAAGCUUCCAGUCUGUGAAGUUCGUCGUCAGUCAUCUCCAGAGAGUGUGUUCUAGACACAGAGAAGACCAGUUGAGCUGACCAAAUCCUUACAAACGCCUUGUUGAUAUGAGAUUGUAGCUGAAAAUAUUCGAAAGAAACUGUGACAGGAAUUCAGUUUUAUUUUUCAGGCACUUUUAACACUUAAAAAUAUGGAGUGUUUCGCUGAGGGCGGUAGGGUGACGACGAAAUGUAUAUUUACUUGUUUUUUUUUUAAAUUAACGAUCUUUUUCAAAAGAAUAUUUGAAAACACCUAAGUUUUGUUUUAUUCA